GGGCCACGCAGGCUGACAGUAACUAUGUCGGACGGAUCCGGGUUCCCUUCUGUUCUUGAACUGAACGUUGGUGGCGUAUUUUACACCACAACACAUCAGACGAUUACCAGCCAGCCGGAUUCGCAGUUGCACAACAUUUUUACGGGAAAAGAGCCCGUGUCGCAGGACUCAAAGGGCCGCUACUUCCUAGAUCGCGACGGAGUGCUGUUUAGAUAUGUGUUGGAUUUUUUGCGCGAUGGCAACGUGAUCUUGCCAGAUUGUUUUCGUGAGAGAGAACGGCUAAAAAAGGAGGCCGAAAAACUUUUGCUGCACAAUCUGGUCGAGGCGAUAUGCAACGAGGGCAGAAUGAAACAGCCAGGUGUCAUCACCGUCGGAUACAGAGGCAGCUUCCAGUUCGGCAAAGAUGGAUUGGCGGACGUCAAGUUCAGGAAGCUGUCGAGGAUUUUGGUAUGCGGAAGAGUGGCACUGUGCAGAGAGGUCUUCGGGGAAUCGCUCAACGAGAGUAGAGAUCCUGAUCACGGGCAAUCGGAACGGUACACUUCUCGAUUCUUCUUAAAACAUUCGUUCUUGGAACAGGCUUUUGACAAUUUGUAUGAGCAAGGAUUUAAAUUGGUGGGCAGCUGCGGAUCCGGAACAGCUGGGGGAGCAGCUGAACUUAAACCUGGAGUGGAUGCGGAGGAGAAUCGCUGGAACCACUAUAACGAGUUUGUGUUUGCGCGAGAGUAGUUCAACCUGUGACCAAAACUAUACUAUUGAAACCCCUUCAUAUCGCAUUUAAUAUUACCUAUUAUUUAUAAUACAAUUAAUUCUUCGUUAUUAGAAUUUUUUAAACAUUCAUCGCCAUUAGAGCUGUAGGUAAUAUACUUUAAUAAUAAGAAGAAUUGAUUCAUUGUAUAUAAUGAUAAAUAGUAGCAAAUGCAUAGUGUAAUAAUACCAAUUCACAAAUAUUGUUUAUUAUUGUAUAUCCUAUAUAUUUAUUAAUAACGUUUUCUUGGUAAAAAAAGUAAUUUUUAUUUUUGUAAGUAAACAAAACGAU